AUGUCGUCUCUGGGCACUUCCAAAGGGGUUCUAGAAAUUGCCAAGUUCGGUGUGUAUGUGACCGUACCAAUCAUUCUUAUGUACACUUUCGCCAACAAUCCCGGCAACAUCAGCAAGUUCAUGGGAAAUAAAUCAUACAUUGAAUAUCCACCAGAGGCAGAAAGGCCACCAUCACCAGAGGAACUUAGGGAAAUGGCACGGGAGAUGGCACAUCAAGGAUCUGGAAACACCCCAAUUGUAGAAAAUGCAGCCACAACCCUUUGUAGACAAGAUGGGAUAUUCUCCUUUGAAGAUUCAAUGGCUGAUUCUCUGCAUCUCUGGAUCAGUCAUCCUGUGAAGAUGCCUGGCGGUGUGAAACGCACUUCAAAUAGUCAUCUUGAACAAACGAAGUUUCCUAUAAUUUUCCCUGCAAACAUUGACUUGCUUGAAAUCACAGGCUAG